AUGCUCUCUCCAGACCUCAUUGCCAAAUAUCCCUCUCUCGCAAAAUACGCCAACAAGAAGUAUACCGAAUCCCACGAUGGCCGCGAAGCCGCCCUCCUAAAAUACAUCUACAACCAUCCCUCUCUCCCUCAACUCCGCAACUCACCACCCGCCAUUUUAGCCGUCAUAGACGAGUUCGCCGCCCAAGAGGAUUUCCUCAUAAACAUUGGUAGCGAUAAAGCAGUCAAACUCUGUGAUAUCAUUGCUAAAGAGCAACCAUCUGUAUUCGUGGAACUGGGUGGGUAUAUCGGAUACUCUGCCAUCUGCUUCGGCCACGCUAUGCGUCAGACUAGCAAGCCGGGCCAAGAUGUAAAACUUCUCAGUCUGGAAUUCGAUCCUGCCAUCGCGGACAUUGCGAGAAAUCUCAUUGAUCUAGCUGGAUUGAGUGAUAUUGUCACGGUCGUUGUGGGAUCGGCGGCGGAUUCUCUGCGAAAGCUUCAUUCUGAGGGUGUUCUCAGUUAUGUCGACUUGUUGUUUUUGGAUCAUGUUGAAGAUCUCUAUAUUUCUGAUUUCCAGGUCUGUGAGAGCUUGGGGCUUCUUCGGUCUGGCGCUUUGGUCGUGGCGGAUAAUAUCCUCCUACCUGGUGCGCCGCAGUAUCGGGAGUUCAUGCGCGGAUAUUCCAAGGUGGAGAGUUGGGCUGUUAAGGGGUUGAUUAUUCCCGGGGAAUUGGAAGUGAGUUUCAGUCACUGA